CGAACGCCAUGGAUCGGAAGAAGCAGGUGGCCAACACGCGGAUCGGGGUCUACCAAUUGGGCGGCAGCAUCGGCAAAGGCGGCUUCGGGUGCGUGUACAAAGCCCUGGACCAGCAGAGCGGUCACUUUGUGGCGGUGAAGCAGGUGAGCCUCGGGGGGCUGCACAGCGGAGACAUCGGCUCCAUUGAGGUGGAGAUCAAUCUCCUGUCCAAGCUGAAGCACAAGAACAUUGUCAAGUACAUUGACUCCAUCCGAACGGACACCCAUUUGAACAUCGUUCUGGAGUUUAUCGAGGGAGGCUCCAUUGCAGCGAUCCUGAAGAAGUUUGGGGCUUUCCCUGAGACGCUGUGUGCUAUCUACACGUUGCAGAUCCUGAAAGGCUUAAAGUUCCUGCACUCCCAGGGCGUCAUCCACCGCGACAUCAAGGGCGCCAAUGUGCUGACCACGAAGACGGGGACCAUCAAGCUCGCGGACUUCGGAGUUGCCACCAAGCUCAGUGAGAUCGACAGCUCGAAGCGCCGAGUGGUGGGCACGCCCUACUGGAUGGCACCGGAAACCGUGGAGAUGAGCCCACCCACCCCGGCGAGCGACAUUUGGUCGGUGGGGUCUACGGUCAUCGAGAUGGUCACGGAGAAGCCGCCCUACGCGGAGCUGCCGCAGAUGUCGGCGCUCUACCGCAUCGUGUCGGACGUCCACCCCCCGCUGCCCGAGGGCUUUUCGGAGGACUUGGAGAAGUUCCUGCUGAAGUGCUACGAGAAGAGCCCCAUCCAGCGCCCUGGGGCGGCGAUGCUGCUGGAAGAUCCCUGGAUCCAAGGCAACAAGAGGCACCUGGAGUUCAAGAUGCUGCCGAAGAUCGAGCCCGGCCGGGAGGACGAGAGCGACAGCGGGGAGGAGCUGGAGGCGCUGACGACGCUCGUGCAGGAGAGUCUGGCAACUCAGCUCCGUCCCAAGGAGGCGGCACAGGACGCGGAGCCUAAAGAGGAGAAGACCGAGACGCUGAAUCCGAAACCGAGCCUGGUUCGCGUAGAGGACGAGGUGCCCAAGCGAUCGCCAGAAGGCUCGGCCUUGGGCUCCCCGGAGCCCGAGGAGGGGCAGCGAGAGGAGGAAAAGCUGACAGGAGGCUACCACUUCGCCUUCUUGGACUACUACUACCGGCGCUUGAGCCCAAAGGAGGCGCCCGAGACGAGCGCAGAAGUUCCAAGCCCUGAGGCCGAGGAGCUGAAGCUCACGAUCGCAAGGCCCAGUCUGGCCAAAGCUGUGCUGGACGACAGCACGCUGGACAGGGAGGCCCACAAGGACCGGGAGAAGCAGAGGGUGGCGGCCGAGGUGAAGAGUCUGCUGGCACGGAUCCGGCCCUUCGAAGAGCCCGCGGUGCUGGUGAACGUGUGCUCCCGGCUCACAGAGCUGCUGCAACAAGGCCGCAGCAACCGGGAGAACAAGGAGAGCAUCCAGCAGCUGGUGAUGCAGCAUGGGGCAGUGCCCAUCGUGGAGAUGCUGCAGGUCACUGAUGCCAAGCUCCAGAACUCCGUGCUCAAGGUGGUGAACCAGAUUGUGGCCGACGGGAACCAGGACUUUCAGGAGCUGUUCAGCAUGGUGGGCCUGAUCCCUGGUGUCAUCAAGUUCGCCCGCACAGAGUACCACCGAUCAUUGCGCGUGGAGGUGGGGAAGUUCAUCAGCCGGGUCAGCAGCUCCGCGAGCGGCUUGCUGGUGGCCUGUGGAGGGCUGGAGGCCAUCGUGGACCUCAUCUCCAGUGAGUACUACCACAAUCGGGACCUUGUGUGGGCUGCCCUGGAGGAUGUGAACACCGUGCUGAACAUGCAGGGCAGCCACCAGCGCGACCUUUGCCGGAUCCUCGCCAAGCUCGGGAUCUGCGAGCAUUUGGUGGUGCUCAUCGACACCUUGGCCUCUGACAUCAUGGAGCGCGCGGCGCAGCACUUGCAGCUGGUGGUGUCGCUGCUGGCCUUCUUCGCGAAGACGGGGGAUGCCGUGGUCAAGGCCUACAUGGCCAAGGCCACGGUCCUGGAGGGGCUCAUCGCGUCUUUGGAGUUUUUGUCCUCAGAGCAGUCGGUGCAGAUCUGCAAAAUCUUCAAGCACCUGGCCCAGGAACCUUCGGUGCUGAACAUGAUGGAGAGAACGCGGGAGUGGUCCCAGUGUUGGUGCACCACAUGGCAGUGCCUGCGGUCGACCGCCAAGACGACCAAGAUGCCUGCAGCCAGUGCCUACUGGCCCUCUCCAACCUUUGCAAGCUCUCCCGGCCCCGGCAGGACGCAGGCAGCACUGGCGGGCAUCAUCCCCAAGUUGCAGGCCAUCGUGGAGAGGCAGCACCCCUUGCGAGAGCAUGCCUUCGUGACGCUUUGCGACAUGCCGCUGUCCUCCCUGGCGACCAGGAAGUUGCUCUGGUCCCAGCAGGGGGCCCCGUUUCUGGUGCGGAGCCUGGCGCUGGCGGAGACGCAGGUGCCGGCCCUCGAGGCGCUGGUGGGGUGGUUCGGCGUCAAGGAGCAUAAGGCCAACUGGUGCCAGCGCUUGGAGAGCCUAUUGCUGAAGGGCCCAGACUUCCUGAUGCGGCUCUUCUCCUUGUUCAAGUGCCAGGACAACUCCAUCUUCCUGAAGGUCUUGGACCCUUUGCUGAAGCUGGUCCACUUCUCCGCGGAGACCAACGCGGCCUUGGCCAACAGCGACGAGUUUGUGGGGGAGCUCCUACGGCGACUGGAGAGCGAAGGGAGCAUGGAGGAUAGCAAGGUGCACUCCCUGAACCUUCGAAACUCGAACUCGGGAGAGCUGGAGGAAGUAGCCCUGGACAGCGGCCCGGUGCGGCGCCUGGUCUCCGCCCAGGCGGCGGAGAAGGACGACGACUCCUCGGUGCGGGCGAGGCAGGCGCUGCUGCGACUGCUGAUGCAACUCUGCCAGCCCCUCACCCAGGAGCAGCUGGCUUCACUGGUGCAGCGCUUCCACCUGAAGCUGCAGCUCCAGAAGGUUUUGGCGGAGGAGAGAAGGCGCCAGCGGGUGAUCUUGAGCGCCAUUGCCUCGCAGCUGCUGAAGAUGUUCGACGCCUGA